UUUCGCGCUUGGCGUCUUCGCAUCCCUGUCAGUCGCGUCCUCGGCAGUGGAAGAGCAAGAUGGCGGCCCGGACUAUGCAAGCUGCAAGAUGUCCCACAGAUGAACUCUCCUUAACCAACUGUGCUGUGGUCAAUGAAAAGGACUUUCAAUCUGGCUUGCACGUAGUUGUGAAAACCUCACCUAACCACAAAUACGUUUUUACACUGAGAAGUCAUGCCUCUGUUGUCCCAGGUAGCAUUGCUUUCAGUUUGCCACAGAGAAAAUGGGCUGGCCUUUCAAUUGGGCAAGAAAUAGGUGUUUCCUUGUAUAACUUUGAUAAGACCAAGCAGUGUAUUGGCACUAUGACUAUUGAGAUAGAUUUCCUGCAGAAGAAAAGUAUUGACUCCAAUCCCUAUGACUCAGACAAAAUGGCAGCAGAGUUCAUCCAGCAAUUCAACAAUCAAGCAUUCACAGUUGGACAGCAGCUUGUAUUUAGCUUUAAUGACAAACUUUUUGGCCUGUUAGUCAAGGACAUUGAAGCCAUGGAUCCUAGCAUUCUUAAAGGAGAGUCUUCCACAGCUAAAAAACAGAAGAUUGAAAUUGGUCUUGUUGUUGGAAAUAGUCAAGUUGCAUUCGAGAAGGCUGAGAGUUCUUCCCUCACUCUCAUCGGCAAAUCCAAAACUCGGGAAAAUCGUCAGUCUAUCAUCAACCCUGAUUGGAACUUUGAGAAGAUGGGUAUCGGAGGUCUUGAUAAGGAAUUUUCUGAUAUAUUCCGGCGGGCAUUUGCUUCCCGAGUAUUCCCACCUGAGAUUGUGGAGCAAAUGGGCUGCAAGCAUGUGAAAGGCAUCCUCUUAUACGGCCCUCCUGGCUGUGGUAAGACGCUUAUGGCCAGGCAGAUUGGCAAAAUGCUGAAUGCCAGGGAGCCAAAAGUAGUGAACGGGCCCGAAAUCCUCAACAAGUAUGUUGGUGAAUCGGAGGCCAACAUUCGCAAGCUCUUUGCAGAUGCUGAGGAAGAACAGAAGAGGCUUGGGGCAAACAGUGGUGUUCACAUCAUCAUCUUUGAUGAAAUCGAUGCUAUCUGCAAACAACGAGGGAGCAUGGCAGGCAGCACUGGUGUCCACGACACUGUUGUGAACCAGCUCUUGUCCAAAAUUGAUGGAGUUGAGCAGCUGAACAACAUCUUGGUGAUUGGUAUGACCAAUAGGCCAGACCUGAUUGAUGAAGCACUCUUGCGACCUGGACGACUGGAAGUGAAAAUGGAGAUUGGCUUGCCUGAUGAAAAAGGUCGAAUGCAGAUUCUGAACAUCCACACAUCAAGGAUGCGAACCCACCAGCUGCUGGCUUCAGAUGUGGACAUUUCAGAACUGGCCGUGGAGACCAAGAACUUUAGUGGUGCUGAACUUGAGGGUCUGGUUCGGGCAGCCCAGUCCACAGCUAUGAACAGACACAUUAAGGCCAGCACUAAGGUGGAAGUUGAUAUGGAAAAAGCAGAAUCCCUGCAAGUGACAAGGGGAGAUUUUCUUGCUUCGUUGGAGAAUGACAUUAAGCCGGCAUUUGGGACCAAUCAGGAGGAUUAUGCAAGCUAUAUUAUGAAUGGCAUUAUUAAAUGGGGUGACCCUGUUACUCGGGUGCUGGAUGAUGGGGAGCUUCUUGUUCAGCAGGUCAAAAACAGUGACCGUACUCCCUUGGUCAGUGUUCUUUUGGAAGGUCCCCCACACAGUGGGAAGACAGCCUUAGCCGCAAAGAUUGCAGAAGAAUCUAAUUUUCCCUUCAUCAAGAUCUGCUCUCCUGAUAAGAUGAUUGGCUUUUCAGAAACUGCCAAGUGCCAGGCAAUUAAGAAGAUCUUUGAUGAUGCUUAUAAGUCUCAGCUCAGCUGUGUGGUGGUGGACGACAUUGAACGGCUUCUUGAUUACGUUCCAAUCGGGCCACGUUUCUCCAACUUGGUGUUGCAGGCUCUUCUGGUGUUAUUGAAAAAAGCACCACCCAACGGUCGCAAGCUCUUGAUCAUUGGGACUACUAGUCGCAAGGAUGUCCUGCAGGAGAUGGAGAUGCUAGAUGCUUUUAGCACUACUAUCCAUAUCCCCAACAUUGCUACAGGGGAUCAUCUCAUGGAGGCCCUGGAGCUCCUGAGUGGCUUCAAAGACAAGGAACGUAGCACCAUUGCUCAGAAUGUCAAAGGGAAGAAGGUCUGGAUUGGCAUCAAGAAGCUCCUGAUGUUAAUUGAGAUGUCAUUGCAGAUGGAUCCUGAGUACCGUGUGAGAAAAUUCCUGGCGCUUCUACGAGAGGAAGGAGCCUAUUGAGAAUAAUGUCUGGGGCACAACUGGCCUGUGAAUUUGCAUGCCGUUCCCCUCCUUGGAUGCCCAUCUCUGUGUGCCACCACCCAUCCCCCCAAGAUCCGCCUGCUCCUUGUGGCUGUUGCACUCUCUCUCUUUGCAGUAGUCCACUGGAUUUAGAGUGAAGCCUGAACCUUCUUAAAAGCUGGUGGCCUGGAAAACAGACAAGCAGGAGACUGCCCCUCUGGGAUCUUCUUCCAUGUGGCACAUUUGGACAACUGCAUAAUAUUCGAUUCUCUUCAGAGACUCUCCUGAACUACUGCUACUACUACUUCUUUUCCUUCUGUUUUGUUUUGUUUUUUUUGCAUGUCAGACACAACUAAGUACUCUACCCUUGUCUUUGAUAUCCUGGUGUAUUGUGGCAAAUCAAACUUCUUCUAGAGUAACUGCUUUGGUGUUAUGCUGCCUGUGGCACCCACCUGAUUGAUACUGGUGCACAAAGAGAGGAGUGGGAAAGUGCCGUGUACAGACCUAUAGAUAUUAAUGCUGAAGCUCAGGCCUAAAACGUGGGGCAGUCCCUCCAUUCUUAGCCUGCACCAAUCCAGUGUGAAAGCCAGUAACAGUUUGCACAGUUAUAAACUCUUGGUGAUGGUUUCUCCCACCCCAGUCUUGUUAAGUAGUUUCUUGUUCUUGUAGAUUUGUCCCACAUUGUGGAGUUUCAGACUCCUCUCAAGAAAAACAAUACCUGAGGUGUUUCAUGCUGCCUCUAGUUUCAGAUGAACUAGGAUCCAGGGGCUGCCUUCUCCCUAGAUUUUAGGCGAGAUUGGCUUCUGUGCCUGCAGGCGCUCAUCAGCACUUGCAAUGGCUCAGCUAGUUGGUGUCCAAAAGAAUUUGACCACCAGCUACAGAAGCAGCAGUGGGCCGUCUGACUUAAACUCUGAACAGGCAGCAGGCGGCACUUGAGUCCCAUAACAUUUUUGAGGACAUUCUUCUGCCUUUGUCACAAUGACCUUUACCUGCUACAAUCUGUCCUCUUUUAAGGGAAUGCUGCACAGAAUUAUUUUAAGCGAUCAGCCCUGCUGCAGUCACAGUAUAUAUGUGCAGGAUGUUUCAGCUCAUGUAGGACCUUCCUCUCCCUGCCACUUAUCCAGUAGCUUACUGACACUUCAGUCAAUGUCUAGCAACUAAUCUCAGGCCCUGUGGUCUCUGCUGUUGGCCUCUUGCUUGGUAUAGUGGAAAUUAGGGGAAAGCCUAAUUUGCCUUUUCCAGAGGGGUUUUCCUGUGAUUUCUGCUGUGCAAUGCAGUAUUGAAUCAGUGAGAGCAACAGGCUGCUGCUUGGGCAUGCUUGAUCACUUAUUUCUUAUCAUUCCACCUUUGUUUGGGAGAAAGCGCACUGACCAACGUCCUAAAGAAUGUAGUACGUGUUUAAAUUAGAGCCAGUCUGCCAUUGCACCUAUCCCUGUGCUAGGUAUGCCACACCUUAUUCUUGCCCAUCUCAGUGAUGAGUUUGUUCACAAGCCUUGCCAAGGGGAGUUGCCUAGCAGCAUGGGGAGUGAGGAAACUGCAGGAGGAGUGGGAUGCACCUGGGGUUAAGGUUUCUAAAUAACCAGAAAGAGAAGGAAGCUAAGUGCAUGGAUGUCAUUCCCUCUUGCCAUGAGCUAUUUAACAGCUCUUAAGCUCUUUUUAGGAAAAGCUGUGCAUUGCAUGGCCUUAAAAAAUAAAUCCACUCACAUCCAGCAAAAGUGGCUGGACUACUCUUGCUAAAUCUUUUUCCAUUAUUGGCAUGGCUCCCUUUCCCUGGUUCUCUAAGUUGCUAAAUUUGGAACAAUGAAAACAGCACUUGACAUCUUCCAAUCCUGUGCAGCAAAAGACAGACUGCAGUAUUAGAAACUGCUGCAGUGUACUUGAACCAUAAUGGAUUUUUUUUUACUGUGGAUUAGCAUUGUCUCUGAUUCGUAUUUAUUGAUUUUAUGCUGUGGAGGAUUAUGUGAAUGACUAGUGGACAUGUAAGAGUCCCACUCUUUGUAGGUGGUAUGAUUGAACUGCUUUCAGCUGAACUUUUUUCUCUGCUGCCCUCCCAACCCCAACCCCAAAACUUUCCCCCCAUUUUUCACUGGAAGCAAAGCAUACAUAUUGUAUUGUCAUGGAUCAAAUGAUAUAAACAUUUUUAUUGUGUUUUUUUUGUCCAAAGCUAUACUGAGAAAGAAAAUUACAAAUAUAUAUAUAUAUAUUUAAAAAGAUUGAUUGUAUGGUUAAAAUGCAGGAUGCAAUAAAAAAGGCACAGAUGUUUAA